AAAUAAGCCCAUUCUUAGCCCAUUGCUUUGAGAUGAAAAUUAGCCCAUUUGAAAGUAGGGUUUCCUUAUAGAAGGGCUCCUUCACCCCAAGAAGCCGCCCCUUUUCUGCUCGAGUCUGACCGGCCACUGAGUUUCAACCCUUUUAAGCUCUUUUAUGAUAAUAAAAAAAAGUAGAAUGGCCUAUUCAAGACAGAUGUGAGCAGCUCAUUCUAGCACAGUUGAGCAAUGCUGGCAACUAAAACAUUAUAUAAGAGAGCAUCAAGUUUGGAGGCCCUUGUUUCUACUACAUUGUUGAGCAAUGGUGUUGAUAUACUUCAGAAGCCCAUCUUUGAUGCUUUUAUGAGCAGAGUAAAUGAAAUGGAAGCUGAAAAUGUCAUGCCUGAACGUGGGAGCCACUGCCCGUUCAGAAAUAGGGGUGGUAGGACUUUAAGAGAGGCAUUUGCAUUGGGAAGACAAAUAAAGAGUCUGCCUCAGAGACAUUUCACAGAUCAAGGACUUGCAGUGGUCGCAACUCUCCCUAAUGCUUUAUAUAUGCAAAAUCAUCAAUAUAGCACUCAAUGCAAUGAUAGCCGCACAAGCGGGCAAACAAAUCAGUUUCUGGGAACCAUACCAAGAUAUGUGAAGGUAGUGGAAGUUGGUCCAAGGGAUGGAUUGCAAAAUGAGAAGGAAAUUGUUCCGACUGCUGUAAAGAUUGAGUUGAUAAAGAUGCUAGUUUCUUCUGGGUUGCCUGUUGUUGAGGCUACUAGUUUUGUCUCACCAAAAUGGGUACCACAGCUAGCAGAUGCAAAGGAUGUCAUUGAGGCAAUUCAGAGUGUUGAAGGAGCUAGGUUUCCUGUUUUAACCCCUAACCUUAAGGGUUUUGAGGCAGCUCUUGCAGCUGGAGCUAAAGAAGUGGCCAUCUUUGCUGCAGCUUCUGAGUCUUUUUCAAAGUCAAACAUAAACUGUAGCAUUGAGGAUAGCCUUGCUCGAUAUCGUGGUGUUGCUAGUGCUGCUAGAAAGUUCUCCAUUCCUGUUCGUGGGUAUAUAUCAUGUGUUGUUGGAUGUCCAAUUGAAGGAGCAGUGCCUCCAUCAAAAGUAGCAUAUGUAGCUAGAGAGCUUUUCAACAUGGGAUGCUUUGAAAUUUCCCUUGGUGAUACGAUUGGUGUUGGUACUCCAGGUACAGUCAUUCCAAUGCUUGAAGCUGUUAUUGCUGAUGUCCCUGUAGGGAAUCUCGCUGUUCAUUUCCACGACACUUACGGGCAAGCUCUUUCAAAUAUUCUUAUAUCCCUCCAGAUGGGGAUCAGCACUGUGGACUCAUCGGUAUCAGGGCUUGGAGGUUGCCCAUAUGCUAAAGGCGCUUCAGGGAAUGUUGCGACCGAAGAUGUUAUCUACAUGCUAAACGGACUCGGAGUUCGGACCAACGUCGACCUCCGGAAGGUCAUGUUGGCCGGCGAUUUCAUCAGCAAACACUUAGGGAGACCCUCUGCUUCAAAGACAGUAAUUGCCUUGAGCAGAACCAUAACUCAUGCCUCCUCCAAGUUAUGAACUCUAGUCCAGAGCAGGUUAUCAUUCUGUCACUUCUGCAAUUGCUCCCUCAGUUCAACAUCUUGUUUGAUUGCCAUUGUUGCAUUACAGGGAGCUUUAUUGAAUAAUAACAAUAUUGUUAAUGCGUGUAUAAAUGUAACUCAAACUUUAGACGCCA